ACCGCGAAACGGCUCCGCUGCUUCUUGGUUCCGCGUAACAAACAUGGCGUCCGCUGUGCUGAAGGUUGCAGGUUGGUUUGUUUUAAGAAUAAUCUUAUUUCCAAUCUAAUGCUUAAAUUUUGUCGUAUUAUGCUAUCGUGAAUAUCAGCCCGGUCAACCUCGGAACUUUUGUGGAACACAAACACAGGCUGUGUCAAGUCGCUGUCCUGUUCUGACGUUUUGCAAACAUUACAAAAUGUGUUACUGUUGUUGUUAUGUAGAUACACGGUACAGUUUUUAAAGUGGCUGUCAUUUAGCGGCACUGUUUUCAAAGCCAUAGACAUGUUUCCAAAGUAGAGCUGGGCGAUAUGGGAAAAAGUUUAUCACGAUAUAUUUUUUUCACAUCAGUCGAUAUCGAUAUAUCAUGAUAUAAAAAAUGAAUUUUAACAGUGGUUAUUGACAGCAUGUCUUUUGCAAUACAAUAAGCUACUGCAUCUGUGAGGUCUUUGUGUCUCUUUGACGUUUUGUCGUACGGCAUUGCACAAGAAAAAGCGGACUGAAUGGUUAGGUAUUUCCCGACUUUGCGAGAACAUGUACUCUGCAUAAUUUGCAGUGCACAUAACUCUGCUUCAUGUCCGACCUCAAAAAACCAAAACUUUCAUGCCAGUGUUGUUGACAAUGUCGUCAUCUGUUCAGCCUUCAUCUGCAUUUCUGCCUUGGGUAGCACUCAUUUUCUAGUUUUCUCACUGACAGUGCUUUCAGCUUCACGUGUUGAAGUACUAUGGUUGCGUGUAUUUGCAGCCUGCUACUACCCAGUUGUUUGUGACUUUGUUCUAAUUGAGCACAUGAUUGGUUUGGCGCGGCGUGGACCCGGAGCAACUCCCCUUUUCUUGGCUAUUCGUAUAGUCUACCAAAACAUGGCAGAAUGCCGACUAUCAAAAAGCAUAUUGACCAUGUUUUAUAUUGAUAUUGAGGGAAAUUAAUUUUCGAUAUAUCGUUAUCGUGUUAUCGCCCAGCCCUACUCCAAAGAUAUGAAAGAGCAGCCUGAUGUUGGGGAACUGCGUGAAAACUCCAAGAGUGAAUCUGAAAAAAAUGUUUUUUAUAAAUUUGUGAGCACAGAAACAUGUAUUUACUUUACAUUAUUGGGGAUGGACAGGCAUGGUCAAAAUUAGGGGCCCCAAACUAAAGAGGAUGAGCUCCCUUAAUCACAGAUUAUUUAAAUAUGAUAAUAAUAAUGAUGAUUGAAAAAGAGAGAGUGGGUUCAAAAACUGUUGAUCAACAUAUUACCUCCAACCACUGUCCCUAUUUUUUUUUUCAGGGGUAGGUCUCUCUGCAUGUUCCCGUCUCACCCUCUUGAGGACACUCUCAACCACAGCAGCGCUCCGUCAGGGCAUACCAGGAUCCCUAUGGAAGCUGGGGAGGCUGAAUCACAUUGCCAUCGCUGUCCCUGAUAUGGAGAAAGCCACAGCUCUAUACCGGGAUGUCCUGGGGGCCACAGUGAGUGAAAAAGUGCCUCUUCCGGAGCACGGCGUCUACACAGUGUUUGUGGAGCUCGGCAACACUAAACUGGAGCUGCUCCAUCCUCUGGGGGAGAAGAGCCCCAUCGCUGGAUUCUUGCAGAAGAACAAGUCUGGAGGGAUGCAUCACAUUUGUAUUGAGGUAACAUCGCAUGCUCUAGGUGGUACACUUGGUCAGUAUUGUGUAGGACCCUCUUUAACCCUCAGGUGAGCUAGUUUUGAACUUUGAACCUGCAGCAUAUGAAUGUUAUUCAUCUCCAACCGAGCAAGGUGGUAUGAAAAGGCAAUUAUUUUAACAUCAAACAUUCAGACUUGUCAUUCUUGGGAAAAUCAGAUGUGACGUAACAUCACUAUUGAUGCAAAAUACCAGGACCAGUAGUUGCAGAAACAGCAUUUCAUGGUUCAUUUGCUAGAGAGCACCAAUAUGUUUAUGUAUGGUAUUGUUAAAUGUUGCUUUAACAAGAAAUUUUUAAGAAGUGAAUGGAUAAAACAUUAUGUUUCAGACUAACUGGAGUAUUCCUUUUUGGUUGCAGGUAGACAAUAUAAACUCUGCAAUUGCUGACCUGAAAGCAAAGAACAUCAGAACUCUGUCUGCUGAGCCCCGGAUAGGAGCUCAUGGGAAACCAGUGAUGUUUCUCCACCCAAAAGACUGUGAUGGCGUGCUGGUGGAGCUCGAAGAAGCAUAAACUCCUCAGUCUGACAGGGAUUGUGGGAACUUCAGUUUUGCAUUUAAGUUUCUUGAUCAGUUUGACACACAACAUGAACAAAUGUUUUUUUGUUUUUUUUUAAAGCACUUAGGUUUGAGUUUCUCAUUUCAAAAAGGUGCCUCAGAGAUAUUCACAUAUAUGUUCAAGGUUGUUAUUUACGUUUCUGUUGUGUUUGAAAUAAAUGGAGUGGGAUGGGUUUGACAAGUUCCAUAAGGUCCCAAACUUUUUUUCCACUGUCAUACAGUUUACAAUACGAUGAACACUUCCAUCAUUUCAUAAGCUGCAGCUUGGAAAAUAAUUGUUUGUAUUUAAAAAAACAUUUUAGUUCUCAAGAUGCAGUCAAAGCUUAGCAACUCAUGUUUAAGUGCAGAAAAAGGCGAAGGUACACCAGGUGGCAGUGUUGGGUUAACUGAGAACUUCUGAACGCAAGUAAAAGAGCUUUUUAAUUGUAUACAGUCGAUACCUCAUACUGUUGAUACAUAAUUGCAGAUAACCAAAAACUAUUUACUCAUACUUAAAGUUCUGUUGUUGUCAGAAAUAAAGUAUUAAAAUGUUAACUUGUCCCUACCUCAACAAGAGAACUUAAUAAGUAUUAGGAUUCUACAAUUAACAAAUCACGUCUCUUGUGAAAAGUAAACACAACACUAGAUUUUAAGGAAUGGCAUGCUCCACUACUGGGUUAUAAAUGACUUUUUUUAAUGAUCUGAGACCGUUGACGUUAUGUAGCCAUGUCAAGACACACUACAUUUUUAUUACCAGAAUUUAUGCUCUCUUUUUACUUUCCAAAUCACCACUAGAAGGAGCAACAUUAAUUAAGCACAACUGAAUUUUCCUUCGUGGGUAAAUGAAGUUCUUAUCUAAUAUUAGUCAUGCACAUCAUAGGCCUACUUCCCUGGAGGGAUGACAUUCGUAAUAAUGAAAAAACUAUGACGAAUAACUCUGAUUUCCCAGCAAGUGGAAGUGAACAGCCAAACAUUUUGACCGUCCUUCCUGUAAAACACUUGUGUGUCUAACAAGGAAAAUCCCUGGUUACCAAACAUCAUGUGAACUCUGUAGAUUGAAAGUAAUUCAACAGUCCUUGAUACAUAACUGACAAAUAGUCACUUCCUAAGUCUAAAAGAUAUGAUCAACAAAAGAUACAUUUGCUACAGAUUUGGGAGAUUUUGUGUUUAACCUCUUUGAGGCCAAAGAUUGUCAACAAUUAAACCCUGCAUGUAUGGAUGAA